CGGAGAAAGACAUUGAGUGUUUUCUUGCUGACACUGCAAUGGCUGCACAUGGCACGCCCCGAAACUGCGCUCUCAAAGUCGGAGCUCCUUGCAGCGUGCCGCUGCUUUCAGACUGGCCGACGUCUGGGAAAUCGAGGCUAUGCCCAGGGCCGACAGCUUUCGUGCGGUGCCACUGGCGAAGUCUACUUUGGCCGGGCAGCUCCAGACUCUGCAGCCUUCGAGAUUCUGCAUGGUGGAUUUGCUCAGGCACGUCAGGUAGCUCUCAAGCAUAUGCGUAGCAUCAAUGCUGGCGUGCAACGCCAAAUACAGCAGGAGAUUUCCACUGUCUUCCGUUGCCGCGCCAAGUAUGCAGAAGAGGUACAAGACCCACAGUCACAGGGGCAUCCGAACCUUGUGGCAUACUUGGAUUGGUUCGCAGGGCCGAAUGGCCUGGACCGAGAGGUGUAUUUGGUGAUGGAGUUUUGUCCUUUCAGCUUGGCUGACAUGAUCUUCGUAGCAGGCAAUCUCCGUGGUGAUUACGAGAAGCUAUUUGUCCCGAAGCGUGGUGUAGAGCCAGGGGAGAAGAAAUCUCCGCAGUGUCAUCGCUUUCCUGAGAGUGAGGUGGUGAAAGUGCUAUGUGAUCUUCUCAAUGCGCUCAACUUUCUAAAUCGCCAGGGUUUGGCCCAUCGAGAUGUGAAGACUGAAAAUAUCCUUUGGGCAGAAGGCUGCUACAAGCUUGCAGACUUUGGCACUGCAACAAUGCUUGAGGCUGCCAUUCCACGCACAAAUGAGUGUGGAACACUUUGGAUCAUGGCACCAGAACUGCUUGGCCGAAGACCUCACGGGCUCAACUGUGAUGUUUGGUCAUUGGGAGUCGUUCUUUUUGAGGUCACCUCCUUUGGGAAGCCUUUCAACUCAAAGGAGCUUCUUGCCUACCGCAACUCCUCUGAGGCAGCCUUCCCCAGCAGCUUUUGGCCGUUCCUUUGUGCAGGACCAGUCUCCUCACCGGCAAAGACAGGGGGUAAGACGCUGCCACGACUCAAAAGUGGUCCUGAGCUUGCCAGGACCUCUUCACGAGGAGCUCGCCCUCAGCGAACCAAGUGUCGCAGUGUCACUUUGCCACCUCUUCUCAUCUCCAAAGAGGCGGAAGUGGAGCCUGACAGUCCAACGUCGCAAUCACCUGGAUGUGAGGAGCCAGGGUUGGAGUGCAAGUUGAUGCUUUGCUUCUAUGGAACCUUCCACUUCAUCACCGAGGUGGAUUCCCAUGCUGCCUCCGGGCUUGGGUUCUGCGAAUAUGAUCCAUUUCUUCAGCAGCGCCUUGCGUUCCUCCGAAAGCGCCUUCAGUACCGGUGGUGCUACAGCGAGGAGCUCCGAAGCCUGAUCUUUGAGGAUAUGCUGCGAGAAGAACCUGAGCUGCGUCCAAUCGCCUUGGAGCUGUGGCAGAUGCUGCAGACCAGCCGCUUUGAGACGUUGGCGCAGCAGGCAGAGGCAGUUGAACCUGCUGCGGAGGGAAACACGAAGGAGGAACUGCUCAGGUCCGUGUGCCCAACCAACAUGCUGCGGGCCAUGAAUUUGGCACCGACGCAAGGAGGCUAUUUAUCCACUGCCUCAACUAGCUGAGGGACGAGCUGUCCAAGCAACUUUUUCAAUGACAGCGAAGACUCCAGUCGAAAGCCGUCCAAAGGCUAGG